GAUCCAUGUAUACCAACACUUAUAAGUCAAUGUUAGGGGUUCUAUUGAUACUUUACAAUUGCGUCUUCUUCGCUCUUGCAGAGACAGUCCCGGGAUUUAGGAGUGGCGGAUCCCAUACUUCUCAUAACCUUCGUAAUUUUAACCCCAAGCUUCAAUCAACCGAAACAUCGACUGGAUUCCGAGAUAUGAAGGCUGCAGAAACUUCCAAGAAAAGCGAGGUAACUCCAAGUGUAAAAGAUUCAAAGAAAGUAUCUCCUCGUCUUUCUGCCCAGAUUGCCAAAGGCAAAAAAUCUGUUAUAACAGAUUUGGAUUUAGCUGCCAAAGACAUUGCGAUUACAAAAUUUACAAAGGCAAGAAAAAAUUUGGAGGGUCUUGAUAAGAUUAAUAAGCAAAUACACAACAAGAUCAUUUCAAGUUCAGAAGAAUUGGAGAUCCUUAAGAUCUUAUUGAAGGAUCACUUUGUUAGCGAAUUGAAAAAAUAUGGUCUUACUGGGAGUUAUCAAAGCCGGCGUGUAGGAGCACUGAAAGGCAUGGGAGAGAAGAUUUCUUCAACGUUACUGAGUAUCUGGGAAUCAGCUAAAGAGGAAUUCAAAUCAGAACACCUUUCUUCCAAAUUGGAUCAUGUUUUACAUCGUUCUUUGCUAAGAGAGCAAAGCCACAAAAAUCACCAUGUUUUUCUUCUUUUGAAAAAACUAAGGAAACGUUUGAAAGAAGACCGCGACCUUUUUAAGGAACGAGAGCGCACUACCAUCAAAAGAUUGUCUGUUAUUGAAAAUAUGGGAUUUGAAUUUUCAUCCGAAGAGGUUCAUCUGAUUGGUAACAUGGCACGUCGUAAACCAUAUCUCACCCGGAACGACGGCCUUUUAGUAAGCGAAAUAUCACGGAAACCUCUGGCACAGAGGAUGACACCAAAGAUUAGGGAGCUGAAAUCUCACUUCCUUCGCAUAAAUAAAGAAUCUGAAGAUCUCACAAUUGUCCAGAUCUUGAGAGUACUAGAAUGGCUAGAACAAAAAGCCAAAGAUGGAGAACCAUGGACCAAAGGCGAAGUGCAAAUCCAUUCGAAUAUUUCAAGAAUGAAAGGUCUCCAAUACAUCCCUAAAGACUUUUUUGAGGAGGAAAAAGUUUUACUUCAAAAUCUAUCGGAUAAAAGAGAUCUACAAAAUAAACAAAAAAUAUAUUUCCAAGCCUUUGCUGCCUUAUGCGCAGAUCCCAAACCUUGCUCUGAGGCAAAACAGGUUUUGGAAAAGUUGAAUGAUUGGUGGAAUGAUGGAAAGCUGAGUUAUGAUAAGAAGGUGUCUCACCUGGUUCUCACACAAAACCAAAUGGAGAUCAUUCAGAACUACAGCUAUCAGUAUAAGACACAACUUAACCACAUGGUCAAAGUUCAUGAGAGUAUGAAAAAACUUGAGAAAUCCUGGAAUAAGCUUAGAAAUAUGGAAGAAUUUGUGGAGGCACUAUUUGAAGAAUUAGGAGUUUAA